AUGGAUGUUAAGGAAAACUCAUUAAAGGAUACGGCAUUGAAGAACACAUCGACUCCAUCAUCUCUUUCAUCAGACGAGGAUAAUAUACAACUUAAACACUCAGCAGGAAAAUUUCGAAAACUGGUGAGAAAAGUCAUUCUACAGAUACGUUCUGAUUCAUUUGAUCCCGAGAAGUCUGUAGACUUGUUAAGAGAUCCUACCCUCAAUGGUUUGUCUGCCCUCAAAAGGAAAAUAAAUGAAAUGGAUACAAAUUGGACUCGAGAAUUUUUAAGUUCCGGUGGACUUGAUGCUUUGCUGGACAUUAUUGAUAUUAUGGGAAACCGGAGAGUUAAAAAAUUCUUUGAAGCGUUAAAACUUUCGGAGUGUGUCGUUUGUAUCACCAAAUUGGUAAAUUCAAAGCAGGGAUUAUCCUUUCUGAUUCAGAAUGGAAGCUACACGAAAAAACUUGUCAAAGCUUUAGAUACCAACCAUGCAAUGGUAAAGAAGCAAGUUUUUGAGCUUUUUGCAGCUCUGUGUGUGUACUCAAAGGAUGGAUACAGUCUAACAGUGGAUGCUCUAGACAGCUACAAGAUAAUGAAGAAACAAAGAUACCGCUUCAGUGUGGUUGUAAAUGAACUAAGAAAGGCGGACUUGAUUCCUUACAAAACCACAUUGAUGGCAUUUGUCAACUGUAUUAUUGUGGCUAAUAAAGAACUGCAGGAAAGAGUGAGAAUUCGCAAUGAGUUUGUCGGUCUUAACAUUUUGGAUAUGCUAAAUGAUUUGAGAAAUAAAGACGAGGAGGAGCUGAUCAUUCAAUGCGAUGUUUUUGACGAUGAGAAGGCGUCAGAUGAUGCAACAAUGGCGGCUUUGAAUCCAGGCGGUAUUGACAUUAACAACGUCAAGGAGGUAUUCAAUGCUCUCUACCACAAGGUUUACAAUACGCCAUUGGCUGAUGUCCUUCUGAGUGUUUUACAUACUCUCUUACAAACAGAACCAGAAAACAAAAUUAGUUACGACCGCUGGAAAUUGAUAGAAACCUCAGUUAGGAACGUGUUUUUGUUGGACAGUAUACAUAUCGACAGAUACGCCGUAUGUGGAAAGGAUACAUUACCACUUCAGUGUUCGGUUUCUGCUCCAUUUCCAGCACCAACACUGCCACCACUAUCUUCAGAAAAAAAUACAAUGUCUCCUCCCCCUCCUCCUCCUCCACCACCAGCACCAAUGCACAAUACAGGGAAUACAUCAACUCCCCCAACUCCACCACCGCCUCCUCCGGUGUCAGGUUUUUCGCAACCACAUCCACCGCCGCCUCCGCCACCUCCCCCGCCUGGCUUAUUGCCACCACCUCCACCACCGCCUCCUCCGCUGUCUGGAUUAUCGCCGCCACCUCCACCACCACCUCCUCCAGGUGGAGCAGUUGUUCCUCCACCUCCUCCAUCCUCAGCCCCAAGCUCUCAGGGAUUUAGUAGCAAAUUGUGUAGUCACACUCCAAAACACAAAAUGAAAACAGUAAAUUGGACUAAAGUUCCCUCCAGAUGUAUAUCAUCGGAUGGAAAUGUAUGGAGUAAAAUUAUGCAUAUGGAGGAUCAACUGCGUGUGAAGCAUGAGGACCUAGAGCUGCUAUUUUGCCGGAAACAAAUCGAGAAGGUUAAAGAAAAUAAAAAAAUUAAGCUUCCGUCAGAGAUUUUGCUUCUAGAUUCGAAACGGAGCAUGAACGUAAACAUCUUCCUGAAACAAUUUAAGUGCAGCCAUAAUGAGAUCUUGUCUAUGAUUGAAGCUGGCGAUGUGGAGACAAUAGGCAAGGAACGCUUACUUGGGCUACAGAAGAUACUUCCGAAAGAGGAUGAGGUCACCAUGCUUGAGGAUUUUAGUGGAGAUAAAGAGAAGCUUGGGAAUGCAGAGAAAUUCUACUUAAAAUUGAUCCAGCUACCCGCCUAUAAAAUCCGUAUCGACGGUCUUGUUCUCAAAGACGAGUUUCGAGUAACACUGGACAAUCUGUUACCAAGCAUCAACGCUGUGGUCAAAGCAUGCCAGUGUCUUCUGGAAAAUAAGACCCUCAAAGUGUUCUUACGCUAUGUUUUACAUACUGGAAAUUUCAUGAAUGCGGGUGGAUAUGCUGGAAAUGCAGUGGGUUUCCGGAUAAAUUCUUUAAAUAAACUGAUGGACACCAGAGCCAACAAACCGAGGGUAACUCUUCUGCACUAUCUUGUUGAGGAAGCUGAAAAAGAGGACGGCAACGCUUUAACUUUUGUAGAGGAGUUGUCUCCAUAUCUGGCUAUAGCCUCAAAUUUGACAGUGGACGCAUUGAUAACGGAAGUAAGACAGGUGAAAAGCAGUGUUUCCAAUCUCAAGAAAAAUCUGAAGAAGUGUCCUAGUGAUGUCAAGAAACAACUCGAUAUAUUUGUGCAGGCUGCGGAAAAGGAAAUGAGUUCAUUGGAUGAGUAUUUAGAGACUAUAACAGAUCUGACAAAACAACUAGUCUGUUACUUUUGUGAAAAAGAGAAAAGUUUCAAACUUGAUGAGUGUAUAGAGGACAUGAAUACAUUUUGUUCCUGUGUAAAGGAAUGUCAAAAGGAAAAUUUACAACGGAUUCAGCAAGAACAAAGGGCAGAACGACGGAAGAAACAAGACCAAGAGAUGGCAAAGAAACAUGCUAAGCACACUCCAUCAAAGAAGGAGCCAAUGGAGGAUGAUUGUAUUAUAGAUCGAUUACUGGAGGAUAUACGGAAGGGACACAAACUACGAAACACGCGACAAUAGACAUUGUUACGAAAUUUGAAAUAAUUUCUUUCUUUGUAAAAACAAAACUUCCCUCUCUCUC